GCGGUGCGAAGAUGGCGGCGGCGGCGGCGGUGGCGCCGCCGAGCUCGCUGCUGCUCGUGGUGGGCGGCGAGUGCGGGUGCCCCGGGCUCCUCGCCUACGUCCUGGAGGAGCUCGAACGAGGUGUCCGGUCCUGGGAUGUUGAUCCUGGCGUCUGCAGCCUCGAUGAACAGCUCAAGGUCUUUGUGUCCCGGCACUCGGCCACCUUCUCCAGCAUCGUGAAAGGCCAGCGGAGUCUGCAUCACCGCGGAGAGGCCCUGGAGACCCUGGUCCUCCUGAACCCAUCAGACAAGUCCCUGUGUGACGAGCUCCGGAACCUUCUGUUGGACCCCGCCCCUCACAAGCUGCUGGUGCUGGCCGGGCCCUGCCUGGAAGGGACAGGGGAGCUGCUGCUGCAGACAGGGGGCUUCUCACCCCACCACUUCCUCCAGGUCCUGGGGGACAGAGAGAUCCAGAACAUCCUAGCCUCCACGCCCCCGCCUGCACGCCUGCCCGCACUCACCAUCACCUGCCCGACCUUCGGAGACUGGGCCCAGCUGGCGCCCGACCUGCCCGGCCUGCAGGGCGCGCUCCGGCUGCAACUGCGGCUGAACCCGCGGGCGCAGCUGCCGGCCUCCGAGGGACUGCGCGAGUUCCUGGAGUACGUGGCGGAGUCUCUGGAGCCGCCGUCCCCCUUCGAGCUGCUGGAGCCUCCGUCCUCCGGGGGCUUCCUCAGGCUGGCCCAGCCGUGCUGCUACAUCUUCCCUGGUGGCCUCGGGGACGCCGCCUUCUUUGCUGUCAAUGGCUUCACGAUGCUCGUCAACGGUGGCUCGAACCCCAAGUCCAGCUUCUGGAAACUGGUGCGGCACCUGGACCGGGUGGAUGCGGUUUUGGUGACCCACGCUGGUGCCGACAGCCUGCCUGGCCUCAACAGCUUACUGCGGCGCAAGCUGGCAGAGCGCCAGGAGGUGGCAGCCGGCGGGGGCUCCUGGAACGACCGGCUGCGCAGGCUCAUCUCCCCCAACCUAGGGGUCGUGUUCCUCAACGCCCGGGAGGCUGCCGUGCGCCUGGUGCGUGGCGAGGACGAGGCGGAGCUGGCACUGAGCCUCCUGAGCCAGCUGGGCAUCACACCCCUGUCUCUGAGCCGCGGCCCGCCGCCGGCCCAGCCCACCGUGCUCUUCCAGAAGAUGGGUGUGGGCCGGCUGGACAUGUAUGUGCUGCACCCGCCGUCCACCGGCGCGGAGCGCUCCCCGGCCUCCGUGUGCGCCCUGCUGGUGUGGCACCCCGCGGGCCCCGCCGAGAAGGUGGUGCGCGUGCUGUUCCCGGGGUGCACACCGCCCGCCCGCCUCCUGGAUGGCCUGGUCCGCCUGCAGCACUUGGGGUUCUUGCGGGAGCCAGUGGUGACGCCCCAGGACCUAGAGGGCCCACGGCGAGCAGAAAGCAGAGAGAGCGUGGGCUCGCGAGACAGCUUGAAGAGAGAGGGCCGGGCCCCCGCCCCCGCCAGGCCCGGCCAGGACCGCCCUGGGGGCGCCCGCAAGGAGUCCGCCCGGGCUGAGGCCCCGCGCAGGACUGAGAAAGAAGCCAGGCCGUCCCGGGAGGUGAAGAAGAACCCCAAGCCCAGUGCCCCCCGGACCCAGCCCUGGGAGGCGCGCCGGGCGGCCUCUGCUGCCCCCAGCCUCAAGACGACGGGUGCCCAGGCAGCCCCCAAGCUCCGCAGGGCGGCCAGGUCGGGCGUCCUGCCUGUGGAGAACGGACCCCGCAGUCCCCCUGGCGUGGGCCGUGGAGAGGCCAGUACCGCGACAGCGACAGGGACGACGACCUGCAGCUCCCCUGCCCCACCCCUGGUGGCCACGCCCAGCCUGGAGCUGGGGCUGAACCCGGCCGGGCAGGAGAAGGCGAUGGAGCUGCUGCUGGCUGUGGGCACCCCCCGGCGCACGCCCUCCCCCGAGCCCCGCCAGAGCCCCGCGGAGGGCAGCGGGCGCCUGUCCCUCAGUCCACUGCGGGCCGGGGAGGCCGGGCCCGACGCCUCGCCCACGGCGACCACGCCUACACUGACCACACCGUCGCUGCCCGCCGAGGUGGGCUCCCCGCACUCCACGGAGGUGGACGAGUCCCUGUCCGUGUCUUUUGAACAGGUGCUGCCGCCACCUGCCCCCGCGAGCGAGGCUGGGCUGAGCCUCCCUCUGCGCGGCCCCCGGGCCCGGCGCUCAGCCUCCCCACACGAUGUGGACCUGUGCCUGGUGUCACCUUGUGAGUUUGAGCACCGCAAGGCUGUGCCUAUGGCGCCGGCAGCUGCGUCCCCCGGCAGCUCCAAUGACAGCAGUGCCCGGUCACAGGAGCGCGCAGGUGGGCCAGGGGCCGAGGAGACGCCACCCACAUCUGUCAGCGAGUCCCUGCCCACCCUGUCUGACUCGGACCCCCUGCCCGCUACCCCUGGUGCCGGGGAUUCAGAUGACAACACAGAGGGCUUCGGAGUUCCAGGCCACGACCCCCUGCCUGACCCCCUAAAAGUACCCCCACCACUGCCUGACCCACCCGGCAUCUGCAUGGUGGACCCUGAGAUGAUGCCCCCCAAGUCCACCCGGCAGACGGAGAACCCUGGUCGCACGUGGAAGCCCCUGGCCCGGCCCAGCUCAGGCGCUGCGGCCCCCAAAGCCACUCCAGUGGCUGCUGCCAAAACCAAGGGGCUUGCCGGUGGGGACCGGGCCAGCCGACCGCUGAGUGCUCGGAGUGAGCCCAGUGACAAGGGAGGCCGAGCACCCCUGUCCAGAAAGCCCUCGGUCCCCAAGACUGCCACUCGAGGCUUGUCAGGGUCGGCUGGCGGCCGGCCAGGUGGGUCGGCUGUCCCGCCCAGCUCCCCCGUCUACCUGGACCUGGCCUACCUGCCCGGCGGGAGCAGUGCCCGCCUGGUGGACGAGGAGUUCUUCCGCAGGGUGCGCGCGCUCUGCUACGUGGUCAGCGGCCAGGACCGGCACAAGGAGGAGGGCAUGCGGGCCAUGCUGGACGCGCUGCUGGCCAGCAAGCAGCAGUGGGACCGCGACCUCCAGGUGACGCUGAUUCCCACCUUUGACUCGGUGGCCAUGCACAGGUGGUACGAGGAGACACGCGCCCGGCACCAGGCGCUGGGCAUCACGGUGCUGGGCAGCAACAGCAUGGUGUCCAUGCAGGACGAAGCCUUCCCGGCCUGCAAGGUGGAGUUCUAGCCGUGCCCCGACACCACCUCCGCCCCCACCCUGACAUUCCCCACACCAGGAAUAAAC